AUGCAUCUCAAAAAUCUCCUGACGCUGAGCAUCGCUCUGGGGACGUGCAUGCUGGCGAGUGCCGACGAAACCAAUCCCAUUUACACAUCAUCGUUCCAGCAGCCUGUCUCUUCUCUGCAGUCGUCGCACCUGGAGACUCGUGGUGCGCCUGACUACCGUUGCGGACCCGACCACGGUCGCUGCUCUCGUGGCACCUGCUGCUCCCGCUCCGUCCUCGAUUUGGAAAUCUUGCUGACUCGGUCCACAGGAUUCUGCGGAACGAGCAAGGCCCACUGCCGCUCUCCGGACUGCCAGCUUGACUACGGCCACUGUGACACCCAUAAGAUGCCCAAAGGCCCCCCACCGACCAAAUCCCUCGUGCCGUAUGGCCCGAUGGCAAUCCGCUCGUGCACUGUUCCCGGAACUAUUGCGUUCACCUUUGACGACGGCCCAACCCAAUACACUGGGGACCUGCUUGAUCUGCUUGAUCGGUACGGCGCCAAGGCCACUUUCUUCAUCACGGGAAACAAUAACGGCAAGGGCCAGAUCGAUGACAAGAAGUUGCCCUGGAUGGCUUUGAUUGAGCGCAUACAGAGGAGUGGCCAUCAGAUUGCCAGUCACACUUGGUCCCACGAGGAUCUCAGCAAGGUGACCGCCGUGCAGCGCCGUGACCAGAUCCUGAAGAAUGAAGCCGCUCUUCGAAACAUCGUUGGCCACUUCCCCACGUACAUGCGUCCACCUUACUCCAGCUGUGAUCCCGCGUCGGGCUGUGGAGACGAGCUCGGUGGCUUGGGAUAUCACAUUAUUUUGUACGACAUCGAUACCGAGGACUACAAGAACGACAAUCCUGGCCGGAUUCAGUUGUCCAAAGACAUCUUUGACCGGGCCCUGGGCUCUGCUUCCCCGUACGACAAGUCAUGGCUGGUGAUCGCGCACGACGCGCACGAGCAAACGGUCCACAACCUGACGGAGCAUAUGUUAAAAACCGCCUCGGAGCUGGGCUAUCGCCCGGUUACGGUGGGUGAAUGCUUACGGGAUUCGCCUGAGCACUGGUAUCGGCGUGACGAUCGUGGCCCUACGAACAAGAAAGGUUCUAAAAGCGGGAAAGUUUGUGGGAACAGCUCGGAAAGUUGUGUGCAGAAUUGUCAGAAGAACACUGGCUAUUGUCCCGUGGAGAUCCCUUCCGAAGGAGACGCCAAGGGGUCGCGCGUUCCGAACAAGAGUUCCAAGUCCGAUGCGGACGCGGAUCUGCGAACUAUUGGCUCGGCGACAGUGACCUCACUGCUUCUGGCUUUGAUCGUGGCCAUGUUGAUGUAA